GAACCUCCACCCCCAGUCAUUGUUUCCCCCCUUAUUUACCCUUACGACAGACAUCCUCCCCAAUCCCAACACCCUCUCCCCUCCUCCACCCCCUAAUUUGUUCUAAAUCUCCCUCUGGCCGUCCGUUCUGCCGUGUUGACGCGACGUGUCUUCCGCAUCCGUCGAACCCAUCCCCCUCCCCGCACUGCCGGCGGUCGCCAUGGUGCGGCUACCGUUGCCACAACGUCUCAGCACCCACCUGAGCACCAAGAGCAACUCUACAACCCCCGGUCAAAGCAGGAGUACAAGUCCCAUGAGAAUGCCGGAAGCGAAGCCGUUGAUCCUGAAAGUGUUCGCGAUCCGGGGAAGGAAUCUCGCAGCCAAAGAUCGAGGCGGGACCAGCGAUCCGUAUUUGGUCGUCACGCUCGGAGAUGCCCGGCAAUCGACCCCCACGAUCCCCAAGACCCUGAACCCGGAAUGGAACGUGACGUUCGAAAUGCCCGUCAUGGGCGUGCCGCUGUUGGAGUGCAUUUGUUGGGACCAUGACAGAUUUGGCAAGGAUUAUCUUGGGGAGUUCGACAUCGCGCUGGAAGAUAUAUUUCAAAACGGCGAAACUCAUCAGCAGCCGAAAUGGUAUACUCUCAGGUCGAAGCGGAAGCCGACGAAGAAGAAGGAUAGUAUGGUGUCUGGAGAGAUUCUCCUCCAGUUCACGCUUCUCGACGCAUCGAACCCAAACGCACCGGGGUCGGAGACUUAUCAGAAGUUCAGAAACCUGGUUUCUGCUGGGGACGAGGAGGACGAGCUCCCGCAGAUCCCGUCUAUCAUGCUGGAUGAUGCCGACAGAGAGGAGGAAACCUCGGAUGAGACGGACGAUCCGCUGAAGCCCGAGGUCAUGGAGAAGCGGAAACGCAGGCUGCGUCUGAAGCGUUUGAAACGGAAAUCGCUUGCAGCAAGGGCAUAUCAGUUCUCUGGCGCUGGCAACGGCGUCCAGGGGAUCGUUUUCAUGGAGAUUGUGAAGGUCACAGAUCUUCCGCCGGAACGGAAUGUGACACGCACUUCCUUUGACAUGGAUCCGUUCGUGGUCACUUCCCUCGGCAGAAAGACUCUUCGAACGCCGGUCGUCCGCCACAAUCUCAAUCCCGUGUAUUACGAGAAGAUGGUCUUCCAGGUUAUGAGACAUGAGCAGUCUUAUACUAUUGGAUUCACGGUUAUGGAUAGGGACAAGUUUUCUGGAAACGACUUUGUCGCUUCCGCGUCGUUUCCGGUCCAGGCUCUUAUUCAGUCAGCUCCCGUGGCCGACCCCGAAACCGGGCUAUAUAGUUUCGUCGACCCAGCCUCUGAAUUGACAGGGUCCGAGCCAGGUUCUAUCACCAGAACCCCGGAGAUCAAGAUCGCGAUAAGCCGAUCCCCAUCGGCCAACAGCUUGUCAACCUCGCCCAGGUUUGGUACACCCAGAGGCUCUUCUACCUCAUUAUCCAGCCAGACACUGCAGGAACAGACAACCCUGCUUCCUCCCCGGAGUAUUCCCGAAUCGGGUGAGGCCAGUAUCCCGACAACUCCAACUGCUGCCACUUUUGACGGCGAUCGGAUGGGUCCGCCCGAGGCAGAUGGCCUCCAGGGAUAUCGGAUACAGUUGAAGUUAAAGAACAAGGACAGAUGGGAGGAUAAACACUUCCCAGAACUCUUUGUCAAGGCGAAAUAUGUGCCGUACCGUGCACUUCGGCAGCAAUUUUGGAGACUCAUGCUGAAGCAAUACGAUGCGGAUGACAGCGGUCGCAUCGAUAAAGUCGAACUGACGACGAUGCUCGAUACGCUCGGCUCCACCUUGAAGGAGUCUACCAUCGACAGCUUUUUUGAACGAUUCAGCUCGGAGAACGAGCCCAGUUAUACCAUGGAUUUGACAUUUGACCAAGCUGUGAUGUGUCUGGAAGAUACGCUGCAGGCCUUGCAAAAAGACCCUGGGUCACCGCCAAAGAAGCUCACGCCCACUCUUUCGAGCGGCAGCCGCGAGAGUGAUGAGCAGUCUAGCAGCGAUGAGCUCAUUAUUGGGUCUGGCUCUGUUCCCGCCAACGCCGAUCCCCGGGCCAUUUCCGUCCCUACAUUGGCGAGCGAUGAGCAACCGAGCUCGAAUGAUGAAGAGCUUCAGCCCGACGAUCUGGGCGAUGAACGAGGAGAAGAGCAUGUCAUUGAACUGAGGGAAUGUCCUCUGUGCCACCAACCUCGCCUUUCCGCGCGCUCUGACGCUGAUAUUAUUACACACAUUGCCACCUGUGCGAGCCGGGAUUGGCGACAGGUGGACAAUCUCGUCAUGGGCGGUUUUGUCACCUCGAGCCAGGCCCAACGCAAGUGGUACACCAAGGUGAUCACGAAGCUAUCCUACGGUGGCUACAAGCUCGGUGCCAACUCGGCAAACAUCCUUGUUCAGGACCGAAUCACCGGCCAGAUCAAUGAGGAGAGGAUGAGUGUCUAUGUCCGGCUUGGUAUCCGGCUGCUGUAUAAGGGCCUCAAGAGCCGGGAAAUGGAGAAAAAGAGAAUCCGCAAAAUUCUGAAGUCGCUCAGUAUCAAGCAAGGCAAGAAGUACGACGACCCGGCAUCGGCCAGUCAGAUCCGAGACUUUGUCAACUUUCACCAACUCGACAUGGGUGAGGUCUUGCUCCCGAUGGACAAGUUCCGAAACUUCAACGAGUUCUUCUACCGGGCCCUCAAGCCGGAUGCUCGGCCCUGUUCUGCCCCGGACGAGCCCAAGGUCGUUGUGUCGCCUGCUGAUUGCCGAGCCGUGGUUUUUGAUCGUUUGGAUGAAGCGACGAGCAUUUGGGUCAAAGGGCGCGAGUUCUCUGUUGCCAGACUUUUGGGAGACGCCUAUCCCGAGGACGUGAAGCGCUACAAGAACGGGGCUGUGGGAGUUUUCCGCCUCGCGCCGCAGGACUACCACCGCUUCCACAUUCCGGUGGAUGGGGUCAUGGGAGAGCCCAAGACCAUUGAAGGUGAAUACUACACCGUGAACCCGAUGGCGAUUCGUUCCGCGUUGGAUGUGUACGGCGAAAACGUGCGAGUCCUCGUACCAAUCGACUCGGUUGCCCAUGGCCGCGUCAUGGUGGUCUGUGUCGGGGCCAUGAUGGUCGGCAGUACGGUCAUCACCCGGAAGGCGGGCGAGAAAGUCUCCCGAGCGGAAGAACUUGGAUACUUCAAAUUUGGUGGAAGCACCCUCCUUGUUCUCUUCGAAGACGGUGCUAUGAAGUUCGACAGUGAUCUGGUGGACAACUCGAAGGGCCCACUGGAGACGCUGAUCCGUGUUGGUAUGUCCGUGGGCCACAGCCCGGACAUCCCUCAGUUCGAGGCGGAUAUGCCCAAGAAGACGGAGGACGUCUCUCUCGAGGAGAUGCAAGCGGCCAAGCGCAGAAUCGAAGGCAGUCUGGCCCCCCCGGCAGACGCCCCUGCUGUAGCGUAGUUGACUUUCCUGCUUUCCCUGCGUUCGGGCUGCGUUCCACAUGCGACUAUUCAGCAGGACGAUUAAUCAUCUUGGCGUUUGGGUUGAUGUUG